AUGGCCACAGAGAUCCCUACCCCCCGGUACGACUUCUACCAAACCCCCUCCGAGCUCAUCCUCGCCAUCUACCUCAAGGGGUACGACAAGGUUAAAGACGACGUCAAAGUAGACUUUGAAACCACUUCAAUCAAAAUUACUCUCCCGCCUCUGCCCUCCGGCCCUUCCCCAGAAACCCAGUCUCUCACCCUCUCUCCCCUUGCCAGCGUGCUCGCCCCGGGCAGCUCUUUCAGAGUACUCGGUACCAAGCUCGAGCUCAAGCUUCAGAAAGGCGAAGCCGUCAGCUGGCCUACGUUGCUGGCAGACCCCACCAAGCCGCCUGUCGCUCAGCAGGCUGGACCUAGCUCCUCAAGUGCCGCUGGAGCGAGCGCCGUUUCCGGGGGUGCUAGCAAGUCCAAGUCUGAAGGGGUCGCGCAGAAGAAGAAGGAAAAGACGAACUGGGACAAGUUUGACGUGGAGGAAGAGGAGAACGAUGCUUCGGAUCCUAACGCAGGAGGCGACGCUGCUCUUCAAAAAUUCUUUUCCCAGCUGUAUGGCGAUGCCGACGAUGAUACGCGCCGGGCGAUGAUCAAGAGUUUCACCGAGAGUGGUGGUACUACACUGAGCACGGACUGGUCGAAUAUCGGGAAAGAGACGACUCCAAUCAGACCACCAGAGGGUGUAGAGGCGAAGAAGUAUUGA